AUGUCUCCCGGCGCAGCACCGGCGACGCUGCCGGACGACCUCGGCCGCUUGUCUCUGGCCUCGAGGACUGUCCAUGGCGAUGACCGUGUCGCCGCCCAUCGAGCCGUGGCCCCGGCCAUGCACGUCAGCACCACGUUUCGCUACACCGACGAUCCAGACCGGCUGGACCCCGACGACGUCGUCGACCCGUCGGCGCCGCUCGACUCGCACGUCUACUCGCGCUACACGGCCCCCAACACGGCCCGCCUCGAGGCCGUCCUGGCCUCCAUCCUCGGCGGGCCCUCGCUGACCUAUGCCUCGGGCCUUGCCGCCUUCCACGCUAUGCUCGUCCGCAUCAACCCGCGCCGCAUCGCCAUAGGCGACGGCUACCACGGCUGCCACGGCGUCAUCCACGUCCUCUCCCGCCUCACCGGCCUCGAGCAGCUGCCCCUCGACUGCGACCCCUCGGACCUCGGGCCCGGCGACGUCGUCCACGUCGAGACGCCGUUCAACCCCGUCGGCGAGGCCCGCAACCUCGCGCUCUAUGCCCAAAAGGCCCGCGACGCCGGCGCCUACCUCACCGUCGACGCCACCUUUGCGCCCCCGCCCUUGCAGGACCCCCUUGCCUUUGGUGCCGACGUCGUCAUGCACAGCGGCACAAAGUACUUUGGCGGCCACUCCGACAUGCUCUGCGGCACCCUGACGGUCCGGCCGGGCCUCGACUGGAUAGACGACCUGCGCGGCGAGCGCAUGGUGCUCGGUUCCGUCAUGGGCAGCUUCGAGGGCUGGCUCGGCCUCCGCUCCCUGCGCACCCUCGAGCUGCGCGUCAUGCGCCAGAGCGCCACCGCCACCGCCCUCGUUUCGUGGCUGUCGCGCCAACUCGGCGACGCGUCGACGCCCGCCGCCGCCCUCGUCGACCGCGUGCAGCACGCCAGCCUGCAGCCCGAGGCGGCCCAGCCGGACAGCUGGCUGCGCAGGCAGAUGCCGCGGGGCUACGGGGCCGUCUUCGCCGUGUGGAUGAAGGACGAGGCCGCGGCCAAGAGGCUCCCGAGCAAGCUGCGGCUCUUUCACCACGCCACUAGCCUCGGCGGCGUCGAGAGCCUGAUCGAGUGGAGGGCCAUGUCGGACCGUGGCGUCGAUCGGAGGCUGCUGCGGCUGAGCAUCGGGGUCGAGGCUCUGGAGGAUUUGCAGGAGGAUCUCCGGCAGGGGAUCGAGGCCCUGCGCACGUCGUAG